AUGCUGGUUCCAUUUUUCACUAUCACAUUCCUGUCAUUAGCGCUCUCGGCCUCAGCAUCACCUGCUCGACGAACUACAACUUUCUGUGAACAGUUGGUGGUAUCUUGUGCAGCCGCCGGGCCUCAAUCCAUUACCAAUCCUUGGACCAUUCCAGCUUGUAUAUUUGGAGCAACAUGUUUUGGCGGAAGUAGCCCGGUUGACGCUUUUCUUAUCGCUGUUGCAACUGAGAGGGGUGAUCCUAGCUCUGCACAUGCGUCACUCAGUCUUCCUGUACUCACCGUCGAGACAUUUAACAAUAUAAGCACCGACCGAGUUGUAAUUACGCAGCAAAACUUUAUUGAUGGUGUAUACUCCGCGUUGGAUGCGAGCAAUGGACCGUACCCAGACGUGUCAUCUGUCAUCUCCUCGUUCCAAAGUAUCAGCGUAUGGACUCAGUUUUGCAGCAAUCGGGGGAUUCCAUGGAAGAAUUUUGCCGACUACUUCAAAUACUCUGCCACUGUCGAUUCUCCCGGAUGCACAUCUCCUGCCUAUCCAGUUGUAACGAAUGAACCAUCGUGUCAGAAGAUCUUCGAAGAAUGUUUACGUACGGUCAAUUUUAACCUCUACAAUAUUUGGACCGUCAAACCUUGUGUUUUCGCUGCCGUUUGUUUUCCUGGUGACAUAAACGUCGACAAAAUGUUGACUGCUGUGUAUGUCUACCGAACUGGAAAUGACCCUUCCACGGCACCGAAGAGCUCCGAUCAACCUUCCCUGUCCCAAGCACAGUUUGCGUCAAUCUCAACAAACGGAAAUACAGUCACAACUCAAAACUGGAUCGAUGGGUACUACGAGCUGCUUUCUGGUGCUGGUGGCCCAUUUCCUACAAGCGCGGAUAUUGUUGUUGAAUACUUCAGGCGCGUUCGAAAUUGGACAGGAUUCUGCGGACUUGAUGGGGUUCGUUAUCAAGCGUUUGCCUACUACUUUAAUUGGUCAUCCACCAAUUCGUAUCCUGUUAUAUGCCCAUGA